AUGCUGCUUACUCUCAUCGCCGGAUUCAUAGGAGCAGUGCUCCUGUACUUGGGUCCAAAGCUAAGGAGGUUUAGUAACAACUACCAGGCAGCCCGCGCUACUGGAUUGCCCGUGAUCCUCUGCCCCUACAAUCCAGAUAGUGGUGCCGCAAUGAAUGAGAUGCCAGAUCUUGUGAAGAAUGUGCUUGAUCGAGAACGUCAAGUAUCUCUUCUCGCACAGUCAGAUGCCACAGAGGCGACAGAGAAUUCAAAAAAUAGUUCCACUACCAUCAUGACCACGCUUGUUCGCAUAUCGGAUCAGGAAAAGGAGCAAAACAAAACCCUGGCUUCGUCCAAAAAGGGUACCACAUAUCUCACAGAGGAAGAGAUUGGCGGGAAUCUCUUCGUUUUCACCGCUGCUGGUUACGAAACGACUGCAAACACAAUGAGUUACGCCGCUACCCUCCUCGCUGUGUAUCCAGAAUGGCAAACAUGGAUACAGACUGAGAUUGAUACUGUUUUCGAAACAUGCAGCCCAUCACAGUCAGACUACUCAGCAGUCUACCCCAAGCUAGUGCGGUGUUUAGCCGUCAUGUUUGAAGCUGCACGCCUGUUCCCUGCUGUGACUCUCAUGCUGCGGGACGCCGCAACCAGUCAGACCUUGAAACUUGAAGAUCGCACCUCCUCACUUGCAGGUCCAUUCGGCGCAUACAUCAACACAAUGGCCCUGCACACUCUACCUUCAACAUGGGGACCAGACUCCCUCGAAUUCAAACCUACCCGCUGGCUCGACCCCAACUCGCCAGAGCCCGUCUUCAUCACACCGCCCCACGGCACAUACAUGUCUUGGUCUAUAGGUCCCCGCUCGUGCCCUGGAAUGAAGAUGUCGCAGGUGGAAUUCGUAUCUGUGGUGGCGACGCUCUUUCGCAGAUGCAAUGCUCGGCCUGUGAGGAAAGAGGGCGAGAGUGAAGAGCAGGCGAGACUGCGGUUGCUGGAUCUCAUGCAGGAUAGCCAGAACGUAUUGACGCUGAGGAUGAAUAGGCAGGAUGAGGUGGGGAUCGAAUGGGUUGAACGAUAA